AUGCCCUCGCGCAGUCUCGGCGCCUUCCUCCGACUGCAACGAGCCAUGCACGGGGGCGUCCACCGAGAUGUGCGGAGCAGCCAAUCGCAUGAACAUCAUCCGGGCAAACUGUUCCGGCAACCCGUUCCUACAGGCCAUGCGUGCCUGUCUGCAGCGACGAGGGAGUUGCCGUUCUGCAACACGAGCCUGUCCAUUGGUGCCCGCCUCGACGACCUCAUUGGACGCCUCAGCCUUCAUGAGAAGGCCGGCCUCAUUGGCCCCGAUCCCGUCACCAGUCCAUGCGCCUUCCUUGACAAUGGCGUCAAGAGGCUUGACAUCCCGCCGUAUCUGUAUCUGGUGGAGACGAACACGGCCGUUGCCUCUGCGUGCAUCAUCAGCCAGGACAAGUGUGCCACCACGUUCAUUGGCCCCACAGGUCUUGGCGCAGCCUUCAACCGAGUCAUAUCCACGGAGAUACGCGCCUUCAACAAUCUCAACUGGCACAGGGGCGGCGGCAUCUUGCAAGAUCGGACUCACAGGCCCACCCACUCAUCUUCACUGCACCCCCCCCCCUUCAACCUCUGGGAUGCCUUCUUGAGCCGCGAGUAUGCUGCUGCUUACGUGGCCGGCUGCCAGGACGGCCCAGACAGGAAGUACAAGAAAAUGACAGCAAGUCUCAGGCACGUUGACGCGCACUCGGUCGAGACAAACCGCAUGGCAUUCAACGGGAACAUCUCCACCUUUGACCUCUGGGACACCGAGUACAAGCGCGGGCGCUUGCUGCCAUGUGCUCGUACGCCAGCAUCAACGGCGUGUCCUCGCCGUACGCUGAACGGCAGCGCAGAUAUGGAGCUCGGGGAGACUUACUUCACCACAAACGGCUACUUGGCGCAGGCUGUGAAGCAAACCCGCACGACAAUGGACACGGUGAACAACGCCGUGCGGCGGGUCCUCAAAGAUAGCUUCAUUACGGGCCAAUGGCAUCGACGAGAGCCCAACCUGCCACUGCGUAACGGCCCCUGCAUCAGCGAGUGCCCUGACGGCGACGUGUGCGAGGAGCCCUUCAUCGAGACCAUCCCGCCCACGCUCACCACGGACCGCCUGUGCUCUUGCGACACGCUCACCUGCAACAAGCUCAUCACACAGCUGUUUGAGGAGAUGAUGGACGCCUACGAGGCACGCCGCUGCUGCCCAGGCUGCACAGACACGUGCGAGUGCAGCGCUGGCUUCAUCCUUGUCUACGACGCCGAUCCAGCCGACUGUCGGCCGUGCGACAGCGUGACGGAGUUCUCCACAUCCAUUGGCGGCAGCAAGUGCGAGGCCAUUGAGGAGUGCGAGCGCGGCCAGGAAGAGGUCGCCGCGCCCACCCGCUGUUCCUUGGACCGCGUGUGCCGCGCCUGCCCGGCCGGCACCAUCGACUCGGACAGCGACGGCUCCACGGGUUGCCAGAUGUGCCCCCGGUGGCCACUACACGGAGGCGGGCUCCCACAGCUCCUGCUCCAGCUUCACCUGCCGCGCCGGCACCCACCCACGACCACCACGACAGCGACCCCGCCACCCCGUGCAACGACGUCACAGAGUGCACGCCCGGGUCUGAGGAGGUGCCGGGCAUCACACUCCUCAUCAGUGACCGUGUAUGCGACGAGUGCCCGGAGGGCACGUACAAGGCUGUCUCUGGCCAGCCAGGGCGUGUCCUGUCUCCCCGUCACCACGUGCGCCGCUGGCGAGGAGGAGAUUGCCGAGCCCACCCCGACGAGCGACCACGUGUGCAGCCAGUGCGAGCUUGGCGCCACCUUCAAGCCCGUCGAACGGCCGGGCCGAGUCAUGCCGCCCCGUCACUCAGUGCGUACAUUUCCACGCACGACUGCGAGCAAGUGCGAGUUUGGCACCGUCCAGAGCCAGGUGCCCACGCUCGACUCCAACCGCGAGUGCACGCUGGAGUGCUCCGAGUGCCCCAGCGGCCGCUUCGAGAUUCGCGCCUGCUCCGCGCUUGAGCACAUGCAUGCAACCCGUCGACGGAGUGCGAGCGCACCACCUGUGCCACCUCAUUUCCAAGUGCGACCCUGGCGAGCAGCGCGCAUUCGAGCACCCACCUCAACCUCCGACACCAAGUGCGAGCCGUGCCCCAUCGGCACCACUGACCACGACCGCAACCCGCUCACCGCCUGCCAGCCGUGUUCCUAUGGCCACUAUGUGCCCGCGUGCCCCAUCGGCUCCUGCGAGCAGUUCCUGUGCCAGGCCGGCACCACCAACCUGGACCGCAACGCCAACACACGACGUGUACGCCGUGCCAGGCUGGCGUGGACUUUGCCGCCCUCUCUGGCCCAGCGCGAUUGCACUACUGUGGCGGAGUGCAACCUUGGCUACGAGGAGAUGGUGCGCCCUGCUAUGCGCCCCACCAUCUUCACCGACCGCCAGUGCCGCCGCUGCAUCGAGGGCCUGUUCUACCGCAACAGCAACACGGGCUUCUGCAUGCGCGUGUGUCGCCCUGCGAGCCUGGCUCGCAUCUGCUCGCCGUGGACGCAGUUCCUGUCCAACGAGUACGAGCUCGUUGCGCCGUCGCUGGUCAACGACCGCGAGUGCCAGCGCGUGCGCACUCGUGCCAGCACACAGAGGGUCCAUCAUCGCCACCGUCGCCUCCCUCAACGAGGAGUUUACGCGCUCCUCUUCAGCCGAUCCGUCUCUGGCGACGUCACCGUCAUGGGCUCCACCGCAUCGCCGUGCGAGGCCGACGUGUCCUGGACGACUCGUCCCUUUGGCAGCAGCAAUAAUGGCCGUGGUGGUGGUGCACGCCAUGGCAACAGCAGCGACAGCUGA